CAUCCCGUUUGUUUCCAACAAAUCGGCAAACUCGGUUUCGUGCGUCAACUCCGGUCGGGUGGUUCGGGAAAACUUUGGGAAAGCCAAACUCGCGGAAAAGCCAGAGCAAAAGCCGCGCCGUUCGGUCAAAAGUGAGAGCGAGCGAGCGAGAGCACAGCCAAGUGCGUCUUGCAGGGAAAAAGUCAUUCUUCACAGCAUCGCAUCCCGCGAGUUGAAAAACCCCCCGUCUGUGCGUGUGUGUGGUGAGUGUGAAGUUUUUCCGCGUGCCAAACGUGAAAGGUGAAAGUUUGCGUGUCGAGAAAAACACACACCCUCGGGAAGGAAAAAUCCCGUGUUCCCGCAUCCGAGUGUCCGUGCGCGACGUCAGCAUCCAAAGUGCUCGAGGAUUCGAACAAGUUCCGAAACAAAUCGUCCUAGCAUCCUCACCGGAAUGGCUGCUGCACCCGUUAUCAUUCCAUCGGUCGCGAAGCAUACCUCGACGCUAAUCUUCCUUCAUGGCCUUGGCGAUACCGGCCAUGGAUGGGCCACAUCGAUGGGAGCGCUCCGUACGCCCGACAUGAAGGUGAUCUGCCCGACCGCACCGAACAUGCCGGUAACGAUGAACGGCGGCUUUCGGCUGAACUCGUGGUUCGACCUGAAGUCCAUCUCGAUCAGCGACCCGGAGGACGAGGAGGGCAUCAAGAAGGCGACCCGGUACGUGCACGAGCUGAUCCAGAGCGAGAUGAAGGCGGGCAUUUUGUCGAACCGGAUCAUGCUCGGCGGGUUCUCGCAGGGCGGUGCGCUCGCGCUGUACGCCGGCCUGACGUUCGCCGAACCGCUGGCCGGUGUGAUGGCCCUGUCCUGCUGGCUGCCGCUGCACAAAAGCUUCCCGAGUGUGCGAAAGUGCCCGGAUACGGUGCCGGUCCUCCAGUGCCACGGUGACUGUGAUCCGAUCGUGUUCUACAAGUUUGGUCAAUUAUCGUCCAGUGUGUUGAAGUCGUUCAUGAAAAACUCGCACUUUCAAACGUACCAGGGACUGGGGCACAGUUCCUGCGAUGCCGAAUUGAGCGACAUGAAGGUAGGAAGGGCAAAUUCACUCGUCCAACCGCUGUGGCUAAUUGUUAUUUAUUGUUUUUUGCUUUGCAGAAAUUCAUCGACGAUCAUGUUCCUCGCCAGUGAAGCGGCUCAAACCGGCACCCCGAUGCGGCUCUACUAAACGCUCCAAAUGCUGCAAUUCGCUUACAUUCGUCAGAAAACAAACAAAAAAAACCGUACGUAAAGAGAGGCGGAAGGGUGAUAAUAUUUGCGAGUUAGAAACUAUUACUUAGCAGAUCGAGUGGAAAACGGUAGUAUCUUUGGCAAACGAAUGGCGUGGGGUGACGCAUAAAAAUCAAGUAAACAAUAAUUGUAAUUUAUUCCAUCUCGGAAGGAGCUAAUUGGCACGAAUUCUAAGCAUUACUCGCAGCAGCAGCAGCAGUAGUACGCAUGCAAUAUUUAAAAAAUACGGCAGCCGCCCCCCACGGCGCGUCCUUCCCGCGGGCAAUCGUGUGCGUAGUGAAAGCAAUCAUAAAGCAAAAAACGCGAAAAGAAAAGGGAGGCUGAUAAGCGAUGCAAAGCCAAAUGAUGAACGUUAAACUAUCCUAGACAUGUGGACUGCAAAACAAUACAGAAACUGAGUCAAUGUUUAAAAACACAUAAAACACACACCCACUUGCUCUAAAACACACGCCCUUUUCAUGCAAUAUUUUUGAAAGUAGCACCCGGGGGCAGAAGCGUUGACACGUUCGUUUACCCCUUCUUGCUUGAGACGUUUAAAAGGUAGAAAAGUCCCCCAGAAUGACCCAAUUGAAGCAAAAAAACAGGGUAAAUUGUGAAGAGCGAGACGAAUGAACACAAGAGUGAUUCGCAUUGUUGAGACUACCUAUAUUACUACAACUAGCAUUUGAGUAGACGUUGGCCAUUUGCGGUUUUAGAUGACUAGCAACAAAAAAGGGAAGAGAGAGAGAGUAUACACACACAAAAAGGGAAUGUAAUUGAAUGCAAACUAGCAGAGGACGCAAAGUAUUGAAAUCCUUUGAAAGGAGGGCAAACGUAUACAAGAGCACGUUGGCGUCUCACUACACCACCAACACAGAGCGAUGGAAAAAGUUAAACUUUUCAUUUUCCUUUAGUCAGCUACGGACGCUAUGGAGAGGAAGAACCUGGAACCGGCCGGAUUAGUAUUAGUAAGACAGUGUUUCUUCUUGCAAACUAGAUUUUCGUCCAAACCUUUUUCCUUUCGAGAGUUGAGAGUUUUCGUUUGCUUAUCCUUAUUUUAUUUCAUACCUAAAUAUCCAAUAAAAGCAGAUUUUAGCAACACACAACACUGUGGCCAGCUCGUCGUGGUAGGAUGAUUGAUUGAUAAUCAAAAGCAGAGAGAGAGAGAGAGAGAGCAAACAACUAAUCACCAAUCACAGCAACAUAAAGACAAUGAGCAAAUACAUGUUCUUUGUAAAGGUGGAGCGCCAUGCAAGAACCGAUAAGCCCUAUAAAACCUAGAAAUUGAACGGCUUCAGAUAUCUUUCCGCGUUUGGAAAUUGCACUAAAUACCAAUAUUUAAAAAUUUGCGCCCACUCCCCUCUGAAAGGGACUGACAGAGUUAGUGCCGCUUACAGACUGUUCCGACAAGACCGAGCGGACGUUAAGUUAAGAAAACAUGAAACACCAUGCAAGCGAGAAGAGAGGGUGCGAAAGAGGCUACCACAGGGCGGCGCAAUCCCGUAUGUACUACUCAGCUACAACUACACAUGUAUUCUGGAGCCGGUGUGCUAAAACAAACAAAAACACUGCAAGAGAUUUAAUAAUAUAUUUUAGGUUAACAAAAACAAAAA